AUGGCCGCACGGGAGUUCCAAAUGCUACACAGCCUAGAUAUCAGGCCCAGCGAGGGUAGGGGGUUUGGCCUCUUUGCGACGGCGAAUAUCCCAGCAAAGACCAUCAUCUGCCAGGAAGCGCCAACCUUCUAUGCACCAGCGAAGAUUUUAACCGGGACUAACGAAGAAAAGGUCAAUACCUUUUGUGAUAUGUACGCCUCAGCCAGGGUGUCAGAUCGUAACCGAUUGAAUGACCACAUUUGGAUCCCUGAACACUACGAGCGGAAUAAGGAUCUGUACAAUUGGUUUGAUAGGUGGCUAAAGAAGUACAUGCAAGCUAACGGAAGUUAUCAACCGGAAGAACCUCGAACUGAAAUGGUAGAAGAACUUAUAAAAGCCUACACGACGUUUUGGACCAACGCCAGCGGGACCCCUGAUCGCGGAGCCGCCGUAUAUAGUACUUUCGCCCGUGCUAAUCACUCCUGCAGACCAAAUGCUAGUUGGAGAUAUACAGACAACGCACCUUAUUACCUAGAGAUGGUAACGGAAUGUGAUAUCCCGGCGGGAGACGAGGUAACUGUCUCUUAUGACUAUUUCGGGAGGCAGAAGUUGAAGAAGAGAAGAGAAAGAUUAGCGAGCUGGGGGUUUGUAUGUAAAUGUGAAAAGUGUACCGAGGAAGAGUUUGCAUUGGGACGAAAGUAG